AUAUUUGCCUUCUCAACUCUGGCUGUGAAGUAAAAUUCACUUUAUAGAUAUACUUUUCAUUCAUGAAGAUGACAUGAAAGAAACGUGUCAACUAGCGAAAAACAAACACUUUUAAGAUGAAAAUGUUAUUAAAUUAUCAUUAUAACUAGUAGAUGGCAGCAGAGGAUCACUCAUUAGCUCAGCUGCCAUUUCAACUCCAAAUCUGUGUGCUUUUAUUGUACUGAAGUAUAAAGUAUAGCAAGUGCAGGAAUCACAAAGUCUCAUGUCAUUUUAUAAAUAAAUAAAUAUGCCCCGACACCAACAGCAUAUAAGGGAGAAUUAUUUAAACUAGUUAACUACAAAUGAAAUAAGUUCAUUAUUAAUGGUAUAACAAUUAAAUAAUGCAUUAAAUAUUUUGAAAUAUUUUUAGAUUUAAUUUAGUAACUACAUUUAUUAAGUUUUAUCUUUAACUGUAAAAGCUGCUAAAUAUAUUCAGUCAGCACAGACUUGUUACUGUUGUGGUUUUGAUACUCUAAAUUUAGUCUGAAUCACUUAAUGCACAGCGAUAUUUUGACAUUGGCUUGUCUUCCAUUAUCAAUGUCAAUCAUAGCAAUGAGUCCCUGAACAAUUUAGCAGAUUUACCCGCGUAAUAUUUAACACCCGCGUUUGUCAUUCCUGAAAUGGUAUACGUGGACGCUUGGUCCUCUUGGAUAAACAAAAAUUUUCUUCAAAUUGUGAAUGGAUUUUGUACAGAAACUAAGCAAAGGGUGCGCCUCUUACAGCACAGUACAAUUGACUGGAAAUGACUGAGCUGGCUUAUCUAAAACCAGGAAGUAAUUGUGCAUAUGGUCAAUUGACAGAGCAUUAGUGAUUGCUUUGAAAUAUAUUGGAUACAGUAUUUUUCAUACUUUCCCCGGUUUUCCCUUAACUGAAUUGGUGUUUUUUUCUCUCUCUCUCUCUUUACAUUAAACACAAACUGAACUUUAUUACAUUUAUUGCAUGAAAUGAACAAUAUUAUACACCUCAAAGGGAAAUUAAACUGAUUUACGAUAUCAAAUUCUACUUACUGUUUGAUGUUUUAUUGCUCUGUGUUGUGAUGUGAUUGUAUUUGCUAUUAUUAUUGUUAUUGUUGUUACAGUAAAGUGUUAUUUUUUAUAUUCAACUUCUGGUCUCCUGGUAUAAGCUUCAUAUCUUCCUCCCCAAUUAUUUUAGAGUCUAGAACUGGUUUAGUGGCAAUACUGUAUGUGUAUGUAUGUAUGUGUGUGUGUGUGUGUGUGUGCCUUAGAAUUUUUACAUUACAUUCUACAUCAGGGUGAAUUUAAGCAAACUGCAGGUACAGUGUAAGUACUACAAAUACAGUGGAAAAGUGCACCUUUAGAAUAUAAAAAAAUCAUAUAGGAUUAAAAUCCUAUAGGAACGGUUCCUACAGGAUAUUUAUGUCUUGUCCUAUAGGACUAUUCCUAUCGGAAUCCUAUAGGAAUGGUUCCAAAAUACGAUAGAAAUUCCUAUUGGAAUCCUAUAGGAUUUUUUGACAAGGGUAUAGCCGUUGAAGCUGUUGUUAUAGCAACAAAAGACGCCCUCGGCUGCUAUUUGUAACCAAAACGCUGCCAGCUUUUUAUUUUACUAAAAAAGCGCUCGUCAACUUUUUCUAGUCAAAAAAGACGCCAAGUGUGAACACGCCCUUAAUCAGCUACAGCACCUUGAAUAUUGUCUGUAUGAACGCAAUGGGAUUUACGCCUGUAUUAGUAACCAUUCAUAACAUCUCAGGACAGCCUACAGCAAAGCAGUGUAAUAUAAUUAAAAUGCAAGUUUACAGUGUUAUUCUCUCCGGUGUGUUACUGCGCUUCUCUGAUUCUGCGCGCGGUUCUUUGUCCUGUCCUCCAGAAAGCCGCCAACUCGCGUAAUUCAAAAAUUAACGGUCAUUUUGAUUGACGGGCCGGCUAACAUGAUCGAUUACUUUAUUUAUAUGAAUAUAUGGAUAUGUUGUAUCCAUAUCUUGGCAACGCCACUGAAAUACAGUGUUUUUGAAAUAAAAUAAAUUAGGUUUGGUGCAGCCCUCCACACACACGGCCUACACACACACACACACACACACACACACACACACCUGCGGAGCGUCUCUUCUCUUCAUCGCUCGUACUGUAGGCGGCGCUGUGAUGAUCUUUAGUUCACCCGUAAAACCACCGAAGAAAGAAAGAACACUGACUGACUGAGCACAGACGAUGUUGAUCAUGAAAGCGCAGGUGGAUGUGAUCUGCUGUAAAUCAGUAGGAACUGAUCUGUCCAUGCUGGAUAUUGAGGAUUUCAUCACAGAAAUCUGUCGGCUGAAGAAAGAGGUGGCGUCACUGGAGGCAAAGCUGAGAGAAAGAGGAGACAAACUGAACAGAGAGGAUGUGGAGAAGGUUUCAGUGCGUGUGGCUGAUGGGACAGAAGCUCAGGAUUCAGUCUGGAGCGUCAGAGAUCAGAGAUCCAGAGACACACAGGACUCAGAGCUCAGCCUCACUUUACUCUGUUAUACUGACGCUCAGGAUCAUGAAUCCACUGAUCAAACCUCUGACUGUAACGCUGGAGAACAGCAGAUGCUGCAGACGCCGCUGAAGAUGUGCUCCGUCAAACUGGUGGACUGCAGGAACCUGAUCGAGAGCAGAGCAGAAGAAACCACCGCAGAGGAACAACAACAGAGUCACGAGGAAGAGGAGGAUGAUGGGAAAGAUGAUGGUGAUGUCAUUCUUUCAGACAAUGCUGCAUCUGCAUCCAAACAGCGAUGGACAAUGACGGACUGUGGAGAAACUUUCAGCAGAGAACAGAAAGACUUCACUAGUAAGAGAUGCGACAUCAGCUUUCCUACCUUAGUAGAGAAAACACUUCAACGUUCAAAAGAGCACAGCGUGAAGAAGGAGUUUCGCUGCCAACAGUGCAGGAAGGAUUUCUUCACCACUCCUUAUAAUAUGAAAGUUCAUAUGAAGAGACACGAGGAAAAGUCUUUCCAGUGCAACGAAUGUAACAAGUUUUUCCACAAAAAUAGUAAUCUUUCUAUUCAUAAGAGGAUCCACACGGGUGAAAAGCCAUACAAGUGUCCUCACUGCGAGAAGAGCUUCAACCAGGGAUCUCAUCUGAAGGACCAUCUAUUCACGCACACCAAUGAGAAACCGUAUCAGUGCAGUGAAUGUGGCAAAUUGUUCAACACCAAACAAAAUCUUUCACGUCAUAAGAGGAUCCACACGGGUGAAAAGCCGUACAAGUGCCCUCUCUGUGAGAAGAACUUCACCGAGAGAUCUAGUCUGAAGAAGCAUGUGCGUUUGCACACCAAUGAGAGACCGUAUCAGUGCAGUGAAUGUACAAAAGCUUUUAUAAGUUCAGGUUCUCUAAAGUUUCACCAAAAAAUCCACUCUGAUGUCAAACCGUUUCAGUGUUCACACUGUGAGAAACGUUUCCAUCAUUUGAGUCACAUGAAAAGCCAUGAGAGGAUUCACACUGGAGAGAAACCGUACCUGUGCUCCGACUGCGGGAAGAGCUUUGCUGGUUCAUAUACUUUCAAAGUUCAUCAGAGAGUUCACACGGGAGAAAGACCGUAUCCCUGUAGUGAUUGUGGGAAGAGUUUUUAUAAGCGAAGUGACUUAAAAAAACACCAGAGGACUCAUACAGGAGAAAAACCUUAUAAAUGCUUACUUUGUGACAAGACUUUUGCUCUAUCAAAUUACCUGAAGAUCCAUGAACGAAUGCAUACAGGAGAGAAACCUUUCUGCUGCUCCAUCUGCGGCGAGAGAUUCUCUUUUAAAUGGGCUUUUCAGACGCACCAGAAGAAACACGCUGCUCCAGGAUCAUCAUAGCUUCAUCAUGUUGUUAUUUUUAGGUUGCGUUAAAAAAAAACACCAUGUAGUGUUACGGGAACAUUGUUUUAUGGUUGUAAAAAAUAACCCCUAAAACUGAAAUGUCUCCAGAACAUUGUUUACUGGGUUGAAAUAAAUUAUUUGAAUGAAAAAUUCACUCUAAUGUGCAGAUCAGUGUCUGAUAUUGGAUUUUUGAACUGAGCUGAAUAAAAAAUGAACUUGCUUUGUCUGCAAAUGACUUUUUUUGUUUUAUUUUGAUUAUGUUGUCAACCCUGUUGAAAAAUCCAGCAUAUGCUGGUUAGGUAUGUUCUGAAGCAUGGCUGCUGGCUUGAGCUGGUCAUGAGCUGGUCCUGAGCAGGAGCUAGUUGUUUAGGACCAGCUUAAACCAGCAGCCAUGCUUCAAAACCUACCUAACCAGCAACUUAUGUUUUGUUUUCAACAGGGAAAACACUUGCAUGGAAUAGCAAGGGGGCAUUGAUACUGUUUCCUAUGCAAUGACGGUAGCCAAUCAUAACAGUAGCUCAUUACUAAGAAGCCUUAAAGGACACGCCCCUGAAAAUGGGUUGCUUUAGACAGAGGGUCCGAAUGAGGAUUGAAAAUAAUCAUUUUUCCACAUACUUUUUUUUUUUUUUCUUGUGCAAAGAACUUUAACAUUGUAAGUAAAUCUCAA